AUGACGGACGCAGACGAAGUUUGGGGCUGUAUCGUGGUGGGAGGCGGUGUCAUGGGAUCCGCCACAGCCUUGCAACUUGUGGAGAGAGGCGUCCGGACUUUGCUGUUGGAGCAGUUCACCCUCCCGCACACCAGGGGCAGCUCGGUGGGCGGUACCCGGGUGAUCCGGCGCGCGUACCGGGAACAGCUCGCCUACAUGGCCGACAUUGUCACCGAGUCCAUCAGUAUGUGGGAACAGCUGCAGGACAAGACUGGCGUCAAGCUAAUUGUUCCCAAGCCGUUCGUGGUAGUCGCCGAUAGGACCGUGGAGGGUGUCCGCUCCAAAGCCCGUACCCUGCAGACCGCGGGCCUGCCGCACAGACUGGCGGGCGGACCCGCUCUCCGGGCCGACUUCCCCGCGUUGCAUUACCCGGUGGGGUUUACCGGGCUUGUGGACGAGAAGGGGGCGCAGAUCAGGGCGGAUAAAGCCAUCAAGUGUUUACAGCCUGAAGUCUUCAUCAUUUGCUUUUAUCGUUCUCUAUGUUCCCAGGAAGUGUUCUCACAGAAGGGUGGAGUCAUCCGGGAUGGGGUGAAGGUGGAGACCAUCACACCUGGUGACGUCAUCACGCUGAGCACGUCACGUGGUACAUAUCGCACCCGCCGAUUGGUUCUCACCUGCGGCCCCUGGGCUGGUGACGUCUUAGCAGGGGUUGGGUUACAUCCUCCAUUACAGGUGAUGCCGAUAAACCUGCUGUACAUGAGAAAGUCGCAAGGUGAGCCCAUAUCCGUUCGUGACGACUUCCCGUGCCUGUUUGAUGACGACAGCGAAGUUGGCGCGUUUCCGUCCCUGGAACAUCCAGACACCAUCAAGAUCAGCUUCAGUCAGCAGGGCGGGACCGACCGGGGCCACACCGCCCACCCGGACCGACGGGACGCGGACAUGGCCGCACAGCUAGCGGCGGACCAGGCCUUCCUGAAGGACUACGUCAGCAAACAUUUCCCAGACUUUGAGAACCAACCGUGUGUGGUGGAGAGGUGCAUGUAUACGAACACACCGGAUGGGAAUUUCAUCCUGGACAGAUAUCCUUCCCAUUCCAACAUCGUUUUCGGUACCGGAUUUUCAGGACACGGUUUCAUGGCGGCCCCUGUGGUGGGACAGCUCCUGUGUCAGAUGGUCCUGGACCUGCCCACCAGUUAUGACGUCACUCCAUUUCGUCUCUCCAGGUUCCCGCGCAAAACGUCUUCUUUGUGA